AUGAACUCUAAGUGUAAAGAAUUCUUUGUAAAUGUCGCUAUGUCUGACUAUGAUAUCAUCUGUUGUACUGAAACUUGGCUGCAGUCUGCAGUACUUAGUUCUGAAUUAUUUACUGACAAAUAUGUUGUAUUUAGAACGGACAGAAAUUUCUCUGCGAUGGGGUGUUCUAGAGGAGGUGGUGUCUUAAUUGGUAUUCGUAAUCAACUUGCUGCAUCAGAGGUUGAGUCAGUACAAGAAAACGUUGACUCGGAAUGUCCAUCUCAAGCACAACCUACAACAGAUGGUACCGAAUCGCUAACGCAAAAUGACAAGGUUGCGUGUUCUUCAAAGAGUGGCACAGUGACUAUUUCUCGAUCAAGGCCAGGAAAAAACAACUACGAUUCUUUAACCAAGGAUGUUUUCACCAUUGUGCAAGAACAUUUUAAGCGUUCACGUACAGAGGAAGACCGUUUUGAUGUUUUUGGGAAAACUGUUGCUAUGAAACUAAGAGAAGUGGACAAAAGGCAGAGUCUAAUUGCAGAAAAAAUAAUCAACGAUGUAAUAUUCGAGGCUGAACUGGGCGGCCUUACACUGCAACAUAGAUGCGUUAACAUGCAGGAAAUGUAUAAUGCAAGAAAUCCUAACAUGCAGCAACACCAGCCACUUAUAUUGCCUUGCCAGUCGGCUUCCAAUUCUACAUCAUAUUCGUCCUCUACCAGCUUUAUUAGUACCCCUGCUACAAGUCCAAAUUGUCAAUUCCAACAAAACAAUUCAACAAACCAACAACAACUGUCUUCUGAUGAUGUAGUGGUUGUACGAUUGAACAAUACAUCUGCUGCUUCUUAUUUUACCGAAUUCACAGACGAUCAAGUGGUAAAAGAAUUUUGA